UGUGGGUAGCACUACUUUUUCAACAUGGCUGCCGAUUGACAUCAUCUCAGUUUGUCAACGUUCAAGGUAUACCCUACUUUGGGAACAUGACCCAUACCCUUGAAAUUGGGAAUUGAAGUGUCAAUUCACCCUAAAUUGGCCAUGGAAACAGCAACUCCAGUAAAGUCAGUGAGGGCCUGUCUAACCUGUAAUCGUUCAUCUCAAGGACAUUUAAAAAACUUAAGAAAUGUAGCUAUGCGAUCCAUACUACUGAAAAAACAGUUUGAAUGUCUGGGCUGCAAUAUUGAAGACCUUGUGAAAGUAGGACAUGAGAAUCUGUUGGUUUGUGACACAUGUUUGAAAAUAUUGGACAAACUAUCAGAAAUGAAGUUGAAUUUACAAAUGAACAUGAAAGAACUAAAGAAGAGUGAGGAUAGAACAAAGAGAUUAAUUAUGCAUUCUGUUUCUCCAGUAGUUAAGAAGUUCAAGGACACAACUGUACCAGUAAAAUCUAGAAAAAGUUCAAGGGCACUUUUUAAGAUGCCAUCUCCAUCUCCAUCAAGAUGUAUUGAUUCAGUUAUUAGUCCAAAAUCAGGCAGCAUUGAUCAUUCAUACUCUGGUAUACCAAGCAAAACAAAAACACAAAGCCUUGACCAUUUGUAUUCAACAACCGUAAAUCAAAAUGUAGAUCUUAAUAAUCCAUACAGUUUUCAUAAGAAGAAAAUACUGAUGCCUCCUGAAAUUACUGUUAACGAAAAGAAAAGUGUCAUAACAAUAUUUGAACAAUCAUCAAAAGACACUGUAAGUGUUAAUACUGUUUUGGAAAAACUUCUUGAUCUCCCUUCUGUAAAUGAAAGACUAUAUCUAUGUUUAUUGCAACGACUAUCUGGAGAACUAAACAGGAUCUGUGGAACAAAAGACAAAAGUGUUUUAAGGACAAAGGUGUCAGAACUAGAACCUGAAACCUUUUUCAGUGACAUUGUAAAAGAAAUGCACUUGAAAUGUCCGAAGGUGUUGCAGUUUCUGAUAACCCUGUCUUGCCCAAUGGAUCUUGCAGUUCCAGAGAAAAAACAUGGUAUAGCAGCUAUGUAUGCACUUGGCAUGUACUUACGGAACAACCACAUGAUUGCCUUUCAAAAAGCUGUUGCUGCAUCAUGUAUAAGAUAUAAUGCAGGGAAUGGACUCAUGGAGUUUUUACACAACCUGGGAAUGUCAAUACCUACAAAAAGCAAGCUGCCAAUGUUGGAUGACCUUGGACAAAUAAAUGGUCUGGAUGUAGUUUCUGCUUUGGCUAUUGGGAAAACCAUCAAAAUCACAGUUGAUAACAUUGACGGGCACAUAAAAGCUUAUCAGGUCAGGCUUGGUAGUGGAAACAGAGAUUUUCACUACACUCAUUGGUCGAUCCUUAUCGACAGAUUUGACCCAAGAGAUCUUCAAGGACUGAGCACACAACCGAAACAGAUAACUGCCCAAGGACCUGACCCUACCAUCUUCUUUUUGUCUUCAAACGAACAUGGAGCAUUAAGGAAAAGAUGUACUCAGCUUGUCAUGCGGAUACUGGUAGAAGAAAUACAGCCAUUGUCCAUGUUUUCUACGGCAACACCUCGUCUUGUGGACCAUAAAUACAGACAAGUGGUUGAUAGACCAUCACAAGUUCAUCCAAUGUUUGUGAUCAUGAAAGACCCAAAGUCAUUACCUAAUUGUGUUCAGAUAAUGGACACUAUAUUAGGAACCAUAGAGUCAUUAUAUACAUCUGCUGGGAGAGGUGAUGAGUUUAACAACAUGGCCAGUAUUCCCCUGGGUGGUGAUCAGCUGACACGGGUAACAUUUGAUUCGGCACGCGUUCUGAGAUCUGGUACUCACAGUCGAACAGAGAGGUUUGACCAGUUGUCUCCAGUCAUCGAAGAACUAUUUCAUGUUCAGCAAGACUUGUUAGAGAAAAUCAUCAAAACCUUCUACAUACCAGAAACAGCUCGUGAAGAGGGAUCACUUGCCCAGUACAGAGCAAUUCUUCAUAGAACAAACGUUAAUGGUCAAGUUAAGGCUAAUGGAUAUGAAUCACACAAAGACUUCCUCAUUACUGUCACUAGAGCUCUUGUGAUAGAGUUAGCUUGUGAAAGAUGGGGGGCUGAUUGCAAGACAGACUUGGGGUCUCUGGUUCCGGAAGAAGUGAAGACUUCUAAUACCAAAGGGAAGAAGCAGUGGUUACAGGAGCAAGUGACCAAAGUGGUGGAUACACUGUUCUGCCCAUACUCUGCUCCAAAAGAUGCUAAAAUAUACCUUCGGCGCAGUGGCCAUUUGUACUGUGUUACGGUGCCUUCAAAAGAUGUCGGGAAAACCAUUGAUCUUAUAAUAAAUGGUGAAGCUGUCCGCAUAAGAGUGCCUGAAGAUUGUAAAACUGACGAAGCAGAAGAUGGUGUGUUUUCAUACAGCCUUGGGAUUGUCAGAGUUGCAAUGGAUUUUAUCAUGUUCAAUGAUGCAAUAAAAUCAGGUGAUAUAGACAUGAUUACAAUUCUUAUGAAACGAUUCAUUCCACUGUUUAUAGGAUUGUCAUCCUACAAAUCAAAGUAUGCUAUUGAGUGUGUCAACUUCCUUACUAAAACUGAAUGCCUGUUGUCAGACUUUGAAAGUGCUAGAGUGAAACUGGGAUUGUUGGUCAACAGAAAAGGCCGACCAGGAAAAAACAAAUUAGCAGACAUGGAACAGGAGAAUAAUAUUCGUCUUGUCAAACACGUAAUUAGAGGACUUGGAGCCGGAAAAAGUGAUAAAGCUAUGCUAAGAAUAUCGAAGGCAGCACCUGUAAUCAGUGCAAUGGUAAAUGGACUAGAAGGAAGCAAGACACAUAAAGAUAGACACUCCAGAAAGUCAAUAUCAGAAGAUAUUUCAAGAUUAGGGGAUGCAAUUCGAAAAAUAAGGCCUUUCAACUAUCAGAAGGGUAGACAAAUGAAUCCUUUCAAGAAAAUUUCAUCAAAUGUGAUUGGUGCUGUGAACAAAGACAAAUUAAAGGACUUUAUAAUCAGGCACAGCUCCAGAGCAGUUAAUAAGCUUGCUUUUGAUGACAAUGAAGACUAAUAAGGGAUGCUGUUAAUGCCAAUAAGGACUCGUUAAAUUGAUUUUUGUAGUCAGAUCUUCAACACUUAUUUUUGCAAAAUUGAAAAAAAUGUGGGUUUUUUUUGCUUUUUGCUAUUUGCACUAAAGUUUUGUAUCCUUCUUUAACUUAAGUGCACAUGAAAAUUAAAUUGUGUAAAAAACAACAUAAAAAAACACACCUGAAGUCUGAGAAAUGGUUUAUGGCGCUUAAUAUUAAUGGAACAUUAAUAUUGUUUUGUAACCUGUAAAAUAAAUCAUGUGUAAAUAUUGAGCACAGACCAUCAAAAGUUUGAUUUUAGCAACCAGCAAUUCCUUCUACCAGAUGCACAAUAUUUUGAUAUUAAUUGUUGAAGAAAUAUAUAUCAAUUGUCAUACCAUUUACAAUUUUUACAGUCUGAUUGCUAAAAUAUGUCAGAAAAAAAGUUUUAUUGCAUUUACUGGACCUAUAACCAUGGCAUCACAUAAGAAUGCAUGUUAUUACAUUUAUGUAAAAAGACAAGAAUUCUACUUUUCAUCUAACUAUAUAACAUCCAUUUUUUCUCUACCCAAAUAUCAGAAGCAAAAACAGUGAGAACUUUCUAUGAAUAGUUGUCACCAUAUGAAAUUACUCCACUGGAUAUUUUUACCCAAAAUUGUUGGAAAACAUUAGUUACUAGUAUGGCAUUUGUAUUAUCAGGUUAAGUAUUUUAAAAGGAGAAAUCUUUUUGUGAGGGCACAUAUGUGCAAUGGAGAGUGGUCUACUUCACUCAUAGUAAUAUGUGAUUGAUGAAGCAUAUGUCAGUCUUGUUCAUGCAAUCAUUUUUAUGUCCCCGGAUCGAAUGAUCGGGGGUAUAUUGUUUUUAACCUGUCUGUCUGUCUGUCAUUCUGUCCCAAAACUUUAACCUAAAACUUUAACGUAGGUUAAAGUUUUGCAAUAACUUUUGCAAUAUUGAAGAUACAUGUAGCAACUUGAUAUUUGGCAUGCAUGUGUACAUUUUGUAUCUCAUGGAGCUGCACAUUUUGAGUGGUGAAAGGUCAAGGUCAUCCUUCAAGGUCAAAGAUAUGGAUUCAAAGCGGCGCAAUAGGGGGCAUUGUGUUUCUGACAAACACAUCUCUUGUUUAGAUAUGAGAAAUAUGCAAACACUUCCUUAUUUAUUUUCAAUUUGUGUUAACUAUUAAAAAUUGUGUAGCUUUUAACUUGUUUUGCAUGAUUUAUUCAUUAUAAUGUUUUAAAAUAGCCACUAGUGACAAAAGUUGUGUGAGUCUUGGUUGUUCUGGUCAUGAGUGACACGUUUAUUUUCUUAGCCUAACUGUGAAUAAUAUUUUAACGUAAUAUUAUAAAUAAAUUUGUGUUGUACUUUUCCGUGUAUAUAAAUAUAAGUACAUGUAUAUGAUAAAACUGUUUUGAUAUUGAUGAAAUUGAGGUACAAAUAGUGUUAUUAGUAAAAUUUCCUGUCUUAUUUGAAUUAUUUAAGUGAAAUUCAAUAUGUGUUACUUAGACUUUUGUCAUUCAAUCUUACAAUUGUUGCUACCUCACCUCAUGUCAACUUGUAUUAUUGAAUGUUUUUUAUUUGUGAAAGAAAAACAUGACAUAAAAUGCACAGGAUUGGAAAUCAAUUAUCUGUCAGGUUAAAUGAGCCAGAGACAUAGGUCCAUAAUACUAUCCCAUGGUUUUGCUCUUUUCAGUAUGAAAGAUUUUCAGUGAAAAAAAUAUGGAUAAUGACCCUGUUUUAACUUAUUUUAAAAACUGUGUAGUUCUUACAAGUGUCAAUUCAGAGUUGUUGAGCAGAAAACUGUAUGCAGUGUCUCAAAUGAUUGUCAGCUGACCAUCAUUGUCAUAAUCAUAAACCAUUAUAAAAAAGUACAGCAUUAUUGAUGUCAUUAUUGUGUUUAUCAUUAUACCUCUUUUGGACUUAUAUAUGUAUUUUAUGUAUUAAUAAACACAUAUUAUUCAGU